AUGACCGGAGAUUCCAACAAGGGUAAGAUAGGAGUGUUCUGGAACAUGGAUGACUGCCCAAUCCCUGAUGUUUGCAAUCCUCAUCAAUUUAAAGAGUUUGUCUUCGCAGCUCUUGAGAAUGAGGGUUAUCUUGGUUAUGUGUCAUCCUGGGCUUAUUCUGGCAAGACUAGUGUCGUGGAGAACUUGUGGGUAGACUAUAAUCGUGCCGAUAUCCGUUUAUCAAACAAAGUGUUUAGAGGAAUUAAUGGAAUGAAGCAGGACAUUCUCUUAUUUAUACUGCGCAAUACUGCACCAGCAAAUGUUUUGGUAAUCUCAAAAGACAUAGCGGAAGAUAGAGAUCUCAUGCGUACUCUUGGGAAAUUGAAGUCUAUCAAGUACAAUAUUCUCGCUAUGCAGCCUGAGCCAGUCAAAUCAGAAGCUCUACUUGCUAUCAUAAGCAAGCUUUGGCUUUGGCCAAGCCAAUUAGAUGCAGACACGGAAAGCAGCGGAGUGAUGCCUGAUUCCGAGGACUAG